AUGUCGGACACCGUCGUUGAGUACUUUGACUGCCUUCUCAAGAAUCUUUUCGGGGAUGCAGCCGUUGCAGUCGUACGAAGUAUGCACAUUCGCGGCCCUGUCUCUCUCAGAGACAUUGAUCGCAGUCUGUCGGGGAAGAUUGGGCAGCGUAAGGUAGUGCAUAACGUGAAAACAACUCUUUCUCUAGACCGCGGCAUGCCUGAUGUCACUUUUGCGUCAUAGGAUUGUGCGCUUCAUCCCGGGCGAUACCAAUAAGUAUGAUAUAAACUUCGAGGGUAUACAGAUGUUAUCCAGGUAACUUCCGUUGAACUGUUUUACAAAUAGGAAAGGAUCCCGAUAUACUGCAAACUCUGUUUGCUGUUCUACGGCAGUGCCGCAGGAGACAUCCUCCUUCCCCUCUUUGCUACUGGAACAGCCAAAACCUCGGAAAUCCUUCGUGCUGCCCUUAUGCGCAGCGCAAAAGGUCUGGCCAUAUUCUCUUUCACAUGCUCGCCCUUCAAGGCAGCAAAGAAGACUAUAAGAAGUCAGAACUGCUGGUGGACACUCUUGCUAUCCUUACUAAGACCGGCCUGUUGCAACCUGUUAAGUCGGUCUGUCAUACAGAGGUUUGUGAUGAGGAGCAGGAGCGACCACCCUCAGAAUAUUCUGUUUCCAAAACGGAACUUCUGGGUACGAUGUUCCUUUUCUUUGGUCUGGUUUUCCUGGAGACCUGACUAAAGUGCCUCCUUACUUUCCACUCCCGUAGUUCCGUAAACCGUUCAAGAGCCUUAUUUCUGCAAGUCUGUCGUACCGUCCUUUUUAAAUGAUCUAUAUCUCUAGACACACAAACCAAUUUGUUUUUAAACAUACUUGGCCAUUAGAGUCGAUGCGCUUUAUGUCGUUCAAACUUUCUGAAGGUGAUUUGCCAGUAGGAAAUGGUAGAUGCAUUAGGUGCAUCUGCUAGGAUCUUUCCAGUUUACUCCUCUAGAAUCAAUUUACCAUUAUAUGCUCUAAGAUGCGCACCCUAAGUAAAAGGGUAUAUUUUUUACCGCAUCCGCGUAAAUUUAAUUAAAUAUGAGAAAGUUGUUUGUGCAGAUUCCAUCUAGGAUUUCAUGUCACCAAUGAGCUGCCCAGGUCAUUUGCGGCGGUCUCAUCUUAUCUGUCAGCAAUAUUUACUGACGUUUAUUUUUAAAGACAAUUUACAGAAAUUCGUUUCCGCCGGCGGGAAAGUUGAGAAAUUCCGUCAAAACCUUCCUGUACGUUGAACAUCCUUUGUAGUUGACCGUUUAUUUUUGCUACCAUCCUUCUUGAGUAGAAUGUUUCGAAGUGCAUUUGCAGAUAAUAUAUGGGUCUACGCACAAUAAUUGGUGUUUGGCGUUAUUUGCGUCUAAGUGACCUGCCUUAUCAUGCAUUAUUUUUACCUUUUCGAUCGUUCUUACUCUGUUUCAAUUUUUUCAAAUCAAAGACGACGAAGCCACCCAGCCCUUGGGAUGUUGUGCUGACACCAAACAUUGACACUCUUAAUGCUCUCUGGAGAGACAAAAUCAUUGCACAAGUGGCCGCUGAACGAAUCGAUGAGGUGAGAGCAGUCCACGCAACCCUUGCUUUUUUACGUGCCUUGUCUGUAGUUAGGCAUAACGUUGUUGGGGUGCCCACAUAUUUCAUGACUUACCUUAUGGAUGCUCGAGGUUAUCAGUCUUAGCCUGAGGGUGCGCUAAUUUAGUACCCUUACAACAGGAUUCUCGAACUGAUUGUUGAUUUGGCCGUUUGGGAAAUGGUUCGCUGCCGAGGAACUGUCAGAGUUAAUCUAGCCGAAGACCUCUAUGUUUACUGCCACGUGUUUUUGGAUGCCACAAUCGGAUUUGUACUUUCAAGCCUUAUGCCCACACAGUUCAGUCUCUUUCCUAUCGCAUUGAUACUGCAGCGGAGGUAAUCACCAUCUAUCUUUUCCAAUUACAGACUGCCGGAGAUAUCAUGUCACGACUUUUGUGUGUGGCAAAUACUUCCAAUCGCAGCACUCACAUCCUUUCUGCAGCUUGCGAGGCCGUCUCACAUGCCGAAGUAAGUGAAUUUAACUCUCCUGCUUCCCACCAUGAUGGUCGUCUUCCACUGGUCCGCUCUCUAAACCCUGUACCAGUUGUGUGUUUUAGUAAACUUAUGAACAAUCUGAGUGUGUAUGCUUUUGUUCCUGUAGCUCAUGCGCAGUCUCAAGGAGGUUCCAACCUACCUGGACUCGUACAUUGCUCUCCUUCUUGAUGACCCGGUAAGAGUUUCUUCUUUUUUCGUUUCUGGGCCAAUUUGUCCGGAUAACGCGGCCCCGCGCACCGCCAGUGUCCUGGCUUGCGGUAUUCAAAUAAUGCCUGUAGGUAUUUAACUUCUGACCUCAGGUAUGCCUGUCGAGCGUUUGCCCUCGGUAGUUCACUUGACCGAGUCAUUUAAUGUGCCCUUCCCCUUCGUCCCUCGCCCCUUUCACCUUUAUACAGCCAUCCACUUUUUAGCGUUACCUUUAAUGGUCGAAGGCUUGUCCUGCGCCCAAAUGCUAUCGGUUGCUUUAAGGUUUCUUUUUUUACCUUCAGUUCUGCCUGUUGGAACAACAGCCAGGGAUUGCAGGAGGCAUGUAUAUCUGUCGUAUCCUUUUUUGUCCGUGGAUAUUCCAUAUGUAUAUGACCGAAGUUUAUUGUGUUAUUUUCACACUUCUCUGUGAGUUUUCUCCUUGACGCGGCUCACUUAGCCUACAAAAAGAUCGUCAAGCAUCUCCUCAUCCGCCACGCCGAAAAUGUUGUACAAGUGCUGUGAGUUCUACCGUUUCGCAUACCCUUCGUCCGCCUUCUGCGUUCCCCUUUUUCCCGUACUGGGUUUUACUCAGAUAACACCAUCAGUAGCAUGACGUGCUCGUGCGUCAGUCACGCCUUGCAUUGACGAGGGGGUUCUUUGCCGGUUUUCUCAGAGGCGUGUUAGUAUCAUUGUCUGAUUUUGCCCCUGGGAGACAAAGUUACGGCGUGCUUUGUGGAGGAUCUCUUUGAGACUUUAACAGCCACAUUCAGUCGACUAUGGACUUAACCCAGUGUUUUACUUUGGAGAGGCGGGGGCGAAGCUAGUAGGACGGUCGUCUCCGAUGCCGAGACUGAAAACACGCUUGCUUGCCAAUGAGAUUGUAGGUGCGACCUGCUUUAAAGAGGUUUUAGGUCACCCUAACUACCCCCUUUCCUCAUUGUGGCGUCUACAUGGCUUCCUUUUCAUUUGCGCAGAACUGGUAGCGCACUUCAGAUGUAUUUUCCUGCAUUUGCGCCUAAUUUAUAUUCACAUGCCUUAGCCUGCAGAUCUAAGGUAUUGGUCAUUUUUGCUAAGAAGUGGGCUUCCUUGUAAGUGGUCAGUGCCAUGGUUACCCCUCUCCGCCCAAAUAUUUUAUUAAUCGUAGAAAUAGCCUUCAAAAUUUCGUCGAUCCUACCUUCUAGGCAUAUUGAAUGCACAGUAAAGGCAGGUUUUUCACAUGCCUCGUUUUGCACUGACUCGCAGUUUUGUGCAUACUGUCCGCCAUUACUCGUUGGACGCCAACCGGGGAGUCUGCCGUCAAAUGGUAAAAAAACACAUCUUGUUUAUGUGUUUGCACAUUUUUUGCAUUUUUUACUGGUCUCUUGAUUUAUUUGUCCCACUGUUCGUAUUCCAAAAAAACUCCACAUUCUCAAUCUUCCCACGACUUUGAUAGACACGACCAGAAACUGCCCUCCACAGUACUGGAGAGACUACUUACCAACCACUCAAGCACAGCUUUCUGUCCUUCGCUUGCAGUUAGAUGUUGUAUGCUCUAAUCUGGGAAGACUUUUAAGUGAAGGUGGUACUUCUGUUCCUCGGUAAAGCUGAAGUUUCUUGUCAGUAAGCGCUGGCGUCACGAACAUUGGCUACAUCCUGUCCACUAGAGUGUAGGUCGACAAGAAAUCAGCAUUCUGUGUUCCCCCAAUAUUCCGAUUUUGGAUAUCAUGGAUAAUCUCCCGAAGAACCAUACUUCACCAUUUUGCUUGCUUUCUGGUCAAGUGGCAUUUAGGUAUCAAAUGCAGAUUCUGAGGCCUUUUCCUCCACAAUACUUGCGUGCCCAUCACCAAGUUUUCAUGUACUCGUUCAACUGAGCGCUCGCUCAAAAGUGGUUAAGAGGAAAAUAUGACCUACAUUGGACCAAUUAUCUAUGCUCUGAAAACGGCCCCAAGUCACCAACUAAUAACCGCGCAUCAUCACCUCUUUAUGCCGUUUUCAUUCGAAUUGUCUGUGCUGGUAGGGAGUACUCGAGGCCGAAUCCAUAUUUUCGCACAGCGUGUGUGAAACAUCAGAUUGUCCGUAAGAGUGAGAUAAGCUGGCAGAAUUUUCAUGUGGCUUUGAACGGAGUUUAAAUAAAUCACAUCUCCUGUGGUUCACGAACGAGUAAAAGAAGCAAAGCCUCUUCCUUGUGGGAUUGAUCUGAAUUAAAAAUUUUCUCUUUGGCCUGUCGCGCGCAGAUACUUCCUGUGGAGGUUCCAUCCCAAUUUUAAUUCCAGGCAGGAAAACUGCUGUGCGAACUAGAAGAGAGCCCUACAUACGAGAACUUCGGGGAAGUUGGCGUUUUUAGUUGGACAUCUCAGUUUAUUCCCCUUUUACACCGGAACGUACUAUCGAAGUAUCGGCCUUCCCUUUUCAAUUCUUCUACGUACUGGUGAAACUUUACCAAUUUGCUUACACGUUUCAGCUUUGAAAAUUCCGGUCUUCGAAUAUUCCGUAUCCUCGUCGCCGAGGGCUACCUCUCAUGCGAAGCGGUAAGCGGACUUCGGCUGCACCAUUGCCUUUUGUAUUUUUUUAAAGGUUCAAGUAGCCUUCGCUUUGUUGGACUGGACUCACUUGGUCUACAACACAAUUUUCAUAGUCAGCUCCGGAAACUCAAUCCUUUUAGCGCAUUUCGCCGUCAAGUCUUCUUAAUCCCUCUUUCGCAUGCUUUUUAGAUGUCUUGAAAUUGGACAGUUUGAACAUCGAUGUGUUUUCUCGUCUCUUUGAAGCAAGCAUAGACAGCAGUAUUUAAUCAGGAAUUGCGCACACCGAUCUAUUGGCUCCACGAAGCAAACAAGCUCCGUAUGGGUGGCAAAGGUCACGAACAGGCAACCAAUUACCAGGCCGAAGUCGGCCAAGUCAUAAUAGCAGCGGGGAGGGACGACAGAGAAUGCGGGUAGAUUGAUGCAAUACUGUUUCGGGCUUAUUUUGCCUUCAUUCAGCCAAUCAUAACCCUGACCAGCAGCUGGGACCAGACAAUCAAACGUGCGCACAGACGCACCUGGCGCAGUUCGUCCACCACUGAGGCCUACCAGAUGGGUCACAAGCACUUCCUCGAACCGAAGUUUAUCAGUGCCUCGCCAUGCCUCAGAGAAUGACAAGUGGCGAGGCACUGAUGAACUUCGGUUCGAUAAAGUUCGAUGAAGACCACAUAGGCGGUAGACCCCAGUGGUGGACCAGAUGCGCCAGGUGCGUCUGUGCACAUGUUUGUGUUUCUGGUCCCAGCUGCUGGUCAGGGUUAUGAUUGGUUGAAUGAAGGCAAAAUAAGCCCGAAACAGCACUGUAUCAAUCUACCCGCAUUCUCUGUCGUCUCGCCUCGCUACAGCAGUAUUUAUUAGAGCCAAUAAAUUUCGCGAAGGCGUCUAUGCUUGCUUCACAUUCACAUCGGGGAAAUACUUCUUCAAGUUUUCUCUUGUUCGCGAUUUUCAGCAUCAGUAAUUAGCUAAUUGAUCGAUAACUUGCCUUCACUUGUCUGCCUUUUUUAAUGAAUUAUCUUCUACGACCUCGCACUGGUGGAUGAAUCACCAUUUGCACCCACUUUAGUUCGACCUUUUUUCCACUUUGGGGGACUGGACACCGAGAGUUCUUUGUAGCAUUUGCUCAUUUCUCCGGCAGUCCACUGUCGGCGAAAACCUGCUUCUGCAGAGCCGAGGUGCGCAAAACGCCUCAGUUGCACUCCUGCCUACUUUCUAUCAUAGUUUUCUUGAUACAACCUCAUUUUGCUUGAGAUCAUAGCCAUGUUCUUGUCUGAUUUUCUGUUAUGUGACCUCAGUGUCCAUUUUGAUUCUUGGGAGAAAACUGACAACUAAUAUGUCAAUCAGAGCCAGUGAUAAAAUGCUCCCUGUGCUGUGACAAGUUGCAUCAGCAUUCGUAUUCCUGCUCAGCUACCUACUAGCCGUCAAGGCGAUUUUUCAUUUCGUCUUACAAAGUCGAGCAAAUAUGAACCAACGUUGUCAGCAGAAGUAUUGUUAGAUGAAGUACGAUCAUAACUGCUAGGUAAGCAAUCGCGUUGGGUACUCUCAGUUUGAGGGGAAUAGGCGCACCUUGUCUACUCCUGAAAGUGUAGCAGUCGUGCCAUCGGUGCGUGCCUCAAGAUCUUUCUGGCUAAACCAGUUGGUAAGCAUUGGUUUAUAGUUUCACCUAACAAAACAGGACUUUGCUUCAAAUCGGACCAGUUUCUUUAGAAGAAAUUAUAAGUCAACAUCUGUCAAGUAUAAUUCCAUUAGAGACCACAUAGGUAAGACUGGGGAACUAGGUGAGGAUUUGAACCUCAUGUGGUUACAUAACGCGGCAGCAGAACGCCUGUCAGGGCUUUUAGUUGACACCCGUGGGGGAUAUUGUAGAAUGCUCCCCCCUCCGCAUUGACCCGAGUAUGAACAAUGAAGAGUAUGAUAAUGUCCGUAUUAAACAGUUAGAGAGACAAAUGCGGAAGAGCUGUAUAGGCGGUGAGCUACAACGACAGAGCCGCCCCUUUCCUGAUUCGUUUGCUCCGUCCAAGCAGGCAUGCGCACACGUGGUGUCUCAUCUUCCCACUUGCGCGGACCGGCAUGUUGGGUGCAGUUGCUUAUUGACAACAAGUUGUCGGCACCUCAUUUCCCUUGAUGAGAGCCGAACCCUCAGCACUCCAGCAAGCACGUACGAAAGGGUGAGAUAGCAAUAUCGGCUUCAGGAACGUCCGCGAUCAGAGGCGACAAUCUUGAUAGCGUAUUGUCCUCGUUGAGUGGACAAUUUUAUCCACUUUGCUCUUGUCAAAACCCCAUCACAGUCGCACAGUGUUUUCAUGUCUACCACCUGACGCUCCUGCUAAUUCUGCCCUUCUGUCCACCCAACCCAGCUCGAGAGGCGGCUCCUCAUCCCACAGAAGGACUUCCGCAGGGUCCUGCCCCGCAUGGUGGCAAGUGGCUUCAUCUCUACUACGGUAAGUUUGACCACUUGCACUUUUUGUCUCCUUGCAAACAAAGUCUGAUUUUUGGAGGGAAGACGCUCGUGCAAUGGAGCGUCAGACCUUUCGUACCGACUGUCUAACCCGUCAUCAAGGAUAGCAACAAGUACAGGCGGCGGACUACAGGGGAGCGGGUGCAGCAUCUGUAGGAUGCGGUAGGUACACAGUCACACGUCUACCAAAUUUACAGUAAGUGAAAUGACUCCUGAAAUACGCGUAAAUUCACAAAGAAAGACCUACUCGGUCGGAGGCCGGACCAUAUGCAUUGGUCAAAACUCCCGAUGAAUAACCAAAAACCCGCAGUAAAAUGGGUAUACAUAGUAAGCAUUGAAAGUAAUAUUAAGGUGGUUAAAAACCACAGCUUUCAAGAAAAGCCGAAACGGCAAAACCGCAACAAUUCGCACCAAGUAUGUAAUCUUUAUUGGCGAAUUAGGGCGUGUGCACAGGCGGAAAACAUAAUCCAAGGUUGAAGAAGGCCGGAUUGGACAAGACGAUAUGCGGCAGUCAGACUUAACCUCAACCCCGACCUUUUCCCUAAACUUAGUCUUCAAACUAGCCUGAACCUCAAAUUUAAUCAUUUUUAGGCUCAGCCAAAAACGCAACCCUAGAAUAGCAUGUCUACCAAAAUCAAUUUAGCAGACAUGCCAUAGUAGUGAAAGCCUGGACCUACAUAUUCAGUCGUUACCAGGGAUUUCGCCCCAUUUUGCCGAUAGCGACGUCACUGAAAUAACAGAUUCCGCAGGGCCACGCACCCUGAGGCCGGUCUGUAAGAAAUUAGCGCAAAAUUAGGAGGUGCAAUCGUAAGCAUACCAACUUCUCUGUAUCAGGAAAACUUAUCUCCCGUCUGUGCUGUCUAGCGAGUUGGUGUCCGCGGAGUCUCAAGUAGACCUCAAAAUGUCAUUGAAUACUGCUCGAUUUUCGGCCUCCACGAUUGACUGUCCGAGAAGUUUGUUUAUGUGACUUUAUAACUGAGUUCUCCGGCGUUCUUUUCAUGCAUCUGAAAAGUUGUGUCAUAUUUGUUUGUUAUAUUUCUAAAUCGCAUGCUAGCGGAAAUUAGGCUGCACAAAAGUAUCUUACAUCUGCUCGAAAAUUCCAAUGUUUACUUGACGCUGGACGUCUUCUCGUUUGCCUCUGGGACGUUUGCGUAUGCCUGAAAAUUGAAGACGUGUUGAAACGAGAAAUCGCCCGUUGACGUUAUUACCACUCUUCAGGCUACAAAGGUACACAUGUACCAUUUGCAAAUUUAAAAUGGAAGGAACUUCCACUGCUAUGAGAGUAAGGUGUUGCUGAAAAUUUUGCCUCGCCUAGUCUAUGCAGGACAAAAGUCAACUUUCAAGUCGGCAACAGUAGUUUUCGUCAAUCUUCCUCGUUUUUCUCAAUGACCUCUACUCGGAAAACACAGUAAUGUGCAGGCAUGAGCUAGAACAGUUGCUGACGUAGGAGUUUGCCUAAAUUAUAUCUACCUCCACGCAUCUAGGUCUCGUUUUUCAUAAAUCCCUAGCGAAACAUAGCGUACGCAGUUUUGACUAGUAUGCGGCUGCCUCUUCUACUUGUACUGAGUAUUGAGACUAGGCAAUUAUUCCACUUCAAGUAUCCUCUCACAUUUUUAAGCUGAGUUUCAAUCGGAAAGAGCUCGAUCCUGUCAGCUGGUCAGCAAUAUUUCGCGAGUUCCGCUCUCGUUUUUAAAUGCUAACUUUUCAAAACAGCAUUUCAAUUUCAAGGGCAAUCCUUGUAGCCGAGUCAGUUAUUUUGACAGAGCCUUGCAGCUGUUUAGGUCAGAUCUACCUUAUCCUUUAUUUGGGAUGCUGUGGGACUCACUGUAUGCCAUUCGCUAAAAAAUUCGCGUGUUAUCCCUUUCUGAUUAUGCUUCUCCAUCUACUUUCCUUCUCACUUUUGGUUUUACAGGAAUUUUCAAGCUCCAAAGACUUCACUGCUGACUCGAUUGUGUGUCUCUAUCAUGUCAAUCUCCCCGUUCUUGCCAGAAUGCUUAUUGAGCACUCCCAGCACGCACUUCUUCGACUUAACCUGCGUUCCCAAGCAGAGCUCAAGGAAAAAAGGUAAGCAGCUGGGCGAGUCUUGGGACAUCCCUGUUAACCAUUUUCUGCCUGUGACCUGUUUUAAAGAAUACCACUAUCAUGUUCAGCUCGUCUUACGUGCCAAAGUAUCCUUUUCCGACUUUUGAGACGCGUGGGAAUCAAUUCUUCGGGCCACCCAGUUAGGCGCAGCGGUAUCUGUGUAUGAACAGUUAUUUCGACUAGUUCCCUCAAGGGACAAGUUGGAUCCCACAAUUGGUUGGUUUUUAAUAUGUUCGACCGUUGCGUCUGAUCAUACGUUAGCCUCAUGACUAUAAUCCAACAUACACACAAGUCACCGCAGCCUUCCAGACAACGAUGGUUCUUGUCUAAUACCACAGACGACCACUGUUUUGUUCCAGCAAGAGAAGGUCAACAGUGACUUUAAACCCGUUUGCUCCUUUUUCCGGUUGGCUUUUUUCGUACACAGUCUUCUGAGCUGUCUCACAUUGGAGAAUUUAUCCAACGAACUGCGCGGUUAGUGAAAUAUGUUAGCAAACAAUGACCUUAACUAAAUAUGGUUGCUUUUUGCUGUGGUAGGGACAGUUUUUGUUGCAAAGGCUUAGGAGUACCCUGGAAGGUCCAGUGGAACUUAGUGGUAACACCUGAAAGUCAGGCACGAGCAGCACUCCAAUUUUUCGACGUCUCUAAUUCCUUAAUGCGUCCCGAUUAGGUGUGUGAAUUUUGCCACUUCCUUGCAUCACUCUUGGGAUGAUUCUCGUCAAACCGGUUUGCUACUUUUGCGGCGAGCGUUCGAAUUGACCAUCCACUGCAACUCGGACCAUACUCACUGUCGCUUGGCACGUUCUAAUUUGCUUUAUGCUGUCCUGUUGGAAGUGAAUCUUAGGCUUAUCUUGUGGGAAGGACAUAGAAAAUUGAAUUGUAACUUCCCAAAUUUUAAAUUACCCGGAUAAUCCCGCCCAUUCUACCGGCCUUUGCUUCCCUGCUCACUUAGACGGAUCUUGCUGUUCAUAGUAUCGACUUUCGGCUAGCUGUAGCCCAUCAUGAGUCCCGCAUCUGAUAAUAAAAAAAAUCGACUCCGUAGUGCAAGUUUACUGUGGGUGGGCAGUACCGACUAACUAUCCACCCGCUUGCAUAAUUUCUGUAUACACUCUUAAAAGUCCGUUUCGAUUUCAAGCCGCCUUGUGGAACAGCGUUAUCGCACUGAAAAUCUAAUCCGACUACACGAGGCAAAGAUCACACAACUCUCGACCCCCCAACCUGCUCUCCCAUCCUCCGCGGCUACUGCUGUGGCCACCGGCAACUCGGAGCCUGAAUCUCUCCUGGCACACCAUGAGGAGAGCGUUCGUGCUCUUAAAUCUAGUAUGACGCCUGGAGAGCUGGAACAACUUAGCGCUCUGACCGCUCGUCUUUCCAAGUAGGUUUACUUCGCCACUUUUAGGUAGAUUUUUGUUUUCUCUGCAGGCAGUAAAUGUGAAUGCUUAAAUCAGAGUUGCCUUUGCUCGGAAAACUUCAUGUUAUCGACCGGUUUCUUUUGGUGGCUUCGGAUUUUCGCCUACAUUACCUACAAAGACUCGGCGCCUAACUACGCUCACUGACUUAUCAUGUUAUCUGAGGCUUGAGGGGUUCCGUGCGGGCCAUACGUCAAAUAAGGGUCUUCGGCCACGCUAACCACUGCCCCUGCUCUUAGCUCUGGUUGACUUGACCCGGAUUUACCACUACCAUUAGCAGGAGAAAAAGAGGGCUCGGUCGAUCAACUUUCGGAUUGAGCGCAGAUUCCUCACUAAACACAAUCAGACAUGUGUUCUAGCUAUAAGGACACGCCGAUAGUUGUGGCUUGGAAGAUCGUCAGCCGACAGUGUAACCUGGAGCUGAGGGUUAGGCUGCAAUGAAUCCUUCCUAGUGCGGUCAUUAUAGCAGCCUUUGAUGAGAGAUCGAAGGUCUCUCGUUGGAAGCUAAUUCAUACGCAUUUAUGGCCCGUUACAAGACUGGUACACAGUACACUCAGCUCCAUCCUCCUCAGCCUCUGCAUACGCUCACCUCCAGUCCUUUAGAUUCUGUCUUCCCACCAGUACAGAGUGAGGUAUAUGCACCAGAAGUCGGCUUAUCUAUGAAAAAGUGCACGCCCGUACUACAUCUUCUACCUGCCAGGAAUAAUGGUAGUCCUCGUUGUCUGCGAUGACCGAACUACCACGAUGAAACUGGACAACUGUAAAAUUGCGCCGGACAGUCUAAGUCGAAGUUUUUGAUGUCAGAAGGACGCUUUCGGGGUGUCAGGCAGCGUUGUCCACCCUAAUUUCGCCGCGACGCCUAAUUCUCUGCCUACCACUGCCCUCACUUACCCUUUAGGCAAGCCAAUAUGUGCACAAAUUAACUGCAUAACGCCAAUCUUAUCAUGAAUAACGAUGUUUUCGUAGCUCGUGUCUUGUGAAAGUAACCACAGUUCGAUAAAUCUUGACCACGGACUUUUGCCGCGCAAUCAUGGGGGAACCUGGUAAUACUUGAGUGAAUGAACAGUUGUGAUGCGUGGAGCACAAUCUUACAGUAAUCCACGUACCCUAGCACGCUGGCUCUCCUUUAUGAAAAUUUAUAACCACUUUGGAUGUCUUCACUCAAGACAUACUGUUCAAAGAAUAUUCUUCUCACUCGCCUUCCAAGCUAUUUUCACGGAAGCGGUUCACAGGAAGUCAGUCGGCGCAGCUGUUUUUUGAGACAUUGGGUCAGCUUGAGGUUUUACAUGCAAAGCUCAUCUACACUGGUUUCUUAAAUCUCCGCUGAUUAAAUGCUUUUUAAAGCUACCCGAGCUGUUGCGCAUGUAUAAGUCUUCCGAACUCUCCAUUGUGGUGCUUCUGCGGGACGUUUUAUAACCAGAAGAACUUUGACAAUGUGGAAUUUGCGAAGUUUGGGAGGCAAUAUCGGAAUGCCAGGCGAUUUUGAGGUACAGAUAUCGUCGCGUCUCUUAGGAAGCCAUUGUUUUACAAAAAUUGUCGCAAGGAAAAUGUUUUAUUAAGCCCCUUAUGAAAUGUUUAAACUGAAAUCAGUGGGAAAAUAUGUCGUUUUAUUCAUUACACUUUUUCCCGAAAAAAAUUAUUCUAAACGAGAUUGUAGAUGAUUGUGGAAGUCUGGGAGGUUGCGAGAGUGGCUUUUUCGCUUUUUGGGCGUUCUUUAGCCACACCUCUGACCAACGCUAUUUAACAAAAUACUCAUACGCGCUGACGUUACAUAGGUGAAGUAUAACCAACAAGUUAGCACUCGCAUCAACUCGCAUUUACUCAGUGUGAUUUUAGUUUGAACUCUUGGGAAGUUGUGUCUUCUUGUGUAGUGGGGUAUUUUGGAUCUAACUAAGAUUGUUCAUGUAUUUUACCCUUUGUAGGCUUUCUUCCGCAAGAUACGAAGCCGAUACGGCAUGGUUUGUUGCGGAUUUGUAUGUACGCAUGUAUUACUAA